AUUGCGCGGGCGACAAGAGCGCCCAGACAAAAUUUAGACACGAACUCAGAUGGAUAGAUCUCAUCAUGUCAUGUGACCUCCCAUUCAGUUCAGCUUCAGCAGUUGCAAUUUCAAAACCCUAAUUCCUGAAAAUUAGCUCAACUUUGAAUAUUCGUUAUAUACGCUGCCGUUUUAUUCAUUUUUUUUUAUCUCUAAUCUCCUUUGUUCCCCCGCUGUCCCCGUCGCCGCCGCCACUGCAAGUUCCACCAGGACUUCCGAUAACUCAGGUCACAUGGGUUCUGAGAUUUGUACGGAUAAAAUGGGGAAGAGCCAAGAUUUAUCGCAGAAGUUCACAGAAAGUUUGGAUGAAACCUGUAGUGAAGAAGCUAAUAAGGCAAAGGUUGAGCCAUCUCUUGGGCCAAUCACUCCUGAUGCAAACAAAGAGAAUGGGGAUUUCGCUUUGGAGCCUAGUUCUCCUCUCACUGUGGUGACAAAACUGCCGACUUUAUUCACCUUUGAUUCCAAAACCAACAGAAAUCAGGACCAGUUCCCCUAUAAUGAUAAUUUUAGCAGCCCGAAAACCCCCAAGGAUGGUGUUUUUGACCCGUUUGCUCCAGGUCCUGAUGAUAAAGUCUUGGCUCCCCAGUCCAAGAAAUACUUUGAUGAGGCAGGGAUUAGUGUUGCACGAAGACUUCACUUUGGAUCUUCUCUCAAAGGUUUGGAUCAUGAAAGUCCUGGUGAUGGAAUGGAGUCCAUUUCAGAUGAGGAGAUAUUCAAAUCAGUAUAUGAGAAUCUCCUGGAGGCUAUUGUUUCUAAGCAAACAGAGAGUGCUCUUGCUGAACUAUCAAAUAUGGAAUGGGAUUCUGAUUCUUGCAGGACACCUCCCUCAGCUUCUCAACUAAAUGGAAUUGCAGAAACUUGCCCUGGUGCUCCUUUGAAACCAACUGGUAAAUCAAGGAUUAUUGAUUUGGGAUUAUGCAGAAAACUUGAAUUCUAACGGUAUUGGAUAUUCUCUGUGCAACUGAGAACGUGACACUACACUGCCAACUAAUUUUGCAAGUGUUCAUUAUGUGUUAGAGAAAAGCCCUAACUUUUGUGCCUCAUAAGCUUAACUUCUGGUUAUUAGAGAUUUAAUUUAGACAGGGAAAACUGCUGUCUGACCUAGAUUACAGUGUAGUAGUAGCAUUGUAUAGGAAUGUUUGAUGCUUUAUAUCCUUGGAAAUUAUCUAGUGUUUCUUUUCUUAGUCAGCAACAAGAGUUCUUUGUUUAUGUGCAUGUUGUGUAAUUAUUAUGUUAGCUUGUACAUUCGUGAAUAUGAAUUUCUUCCUUUCUGUC